UUGCGGUGAUGUUUGAAAGGGGUAGGAAGUGUGUACGUUAGGGUCAUUCUUAAAAUAAAUUUGGUCGGAGAGGUCAAAAUCGAACAUAUAAAUUGUAAGUCGUCGUUUUCCCGUGAACCGAUAAACAUGAAGCAGUCAAGAGUCGGCAUAAUGGACCCGAACACAAAUCCGGAUGCGAGAGGUCGCAGAUCAUCGAUGGCUGCGCCUUCGCAGAUCAACGAAUUUGGUGGCAAAUCUAAAACAACAAUCAAACCGGCAAAUCAGCUUCAGCUCACCCCAGAAGAACUGAAGGAAGAGUUUACGCGAGUUCUGACUGCAGUAAAUCCUCAGGCACCCAAGAACCAAGUGCAAUUCAGCAACAAUGCGCUAAAAUUCGUCUCAAAGCCAUGCGACGAGGGAACUCUCAUAUUGUUCACCCAAAAAGGCUAUCUACUGGACGUCAACAGCCCUGAGGCUCAGUACCAAAUUAGGAUGGAUGCAGCUAAUGCACCACCGCCCGGCGGGGCCAAUGAAGACGGUGCGGAUGAACAAAAUGCCAAUGAUGAAUCCCGUGAAGGGGAUGGCGAAAUUCAAGGGGCCGGCGAACCUAAAGCAACUUCAGAUGAUGCUGAAGCAGUAAAUGUAGACCAGAGUGAAGAAGCUGGUGAGGCUGAAAAGCCUGCAGAAGAUGGAGCUGACAAUGCUGAGGGCAUGCCUGGACCACCAAAAAAGAAGCUCCCAAACGCAUUUAAUUUCUGUGAGCGUGCAUCUCAAACAAUGAACCAAAUGUUGAAGGAAGCUGCUGUAGAGACACAGCCUCCGCCGAGAUCGACACUGUCAUCAAACGUGAAUGCGUGGAGCAUUUAUGACACAUACCAGUCGAACUUCGAGCAGCAACAGCAGGAAAAGCUCCAGGCGCAGGGUAAGGCACACCCGAAACCUCCGGCACCCAAGCCGGUUCACGUCAGCCUCGAGCGCAAGGAUGAACAAGAGAUAAUUAAAGUCAGUAGGCAAAGUCGGACGGUGGAGCGCAUCGUGAACCAGAACACAUAUGACGAGAUAGCUCAAGACUUCAAGUACUAUGAAGAUGCAUCGGACGAGUUCAAGGAGAAAGAAGGCACAGUUCUCCCCCUCUGGCGGUUCAGUUUUGAUCCAGUCAAAAAGCUGGCCGUGACGGACAUAUGUUGGAGUGAAACGUAUAGCGAUUUGUUCGCUGCUACGUUUGGAUCAUACAAUUUUCUGGGUCAGAGUUAUGGCCAGGUGUGCUUGUACAGCCUGAAGAACCCGACGUACCCGGAGUACCACCUGUCGACCAGUUCCGGUGUUAUGUGCGUGGACAUCCACCAAACGUACCCGCACCUGGUCUGUAUCGGCAUGUACAACGGCACUGUGAGCGUGCUGAGUCUCCAGACACAGGGACGGGAGCCCGUCUGUCUCAGCAAGACCGUCAAGGGCCGGCACGCGGACAGCGUCAACAAGGUGCGCUGGGGACCGGAUAACAUGGACGGCAACCACAACUUUUAUUCGGUAUCGGCCGACGGACGCGUCAUCAACUGGCAGCUGGUCCAGUCGGAGCUGCGUCUGACCGAGGUCACCUCGCUGGGCAUGCCGGAGGUGAAGAACGAGGGUCCCGACGGCACCGUGAUCCCGGUGCGCGGCUGCGGCUCCACAUUCGCCUUCCACCGCACCGACCCGUCCGUCUUCCUGGUGGGCACCGAGGAGGGCAAUGUCUACAGGUGCUCCACCACCUACUCGUCCAGCUUCCUGUCAGCCUUUUCUGCCCACAUGCAGAGCAUCUACAGCAUCAGCUGGAACUUCUACCACACAGGCAUCUUCGCCACGUGCAGUGCCGACUGGACCGUGAAGAUCUGGCAGCAGGAUGUGAGCUCGCCACUAUUCGUGUUCGACCUGGCAGCGCCGGUGGGCGACGUGGCCUGGGCGCCCUACUCGUCCACCGUGUUCGCCGCCUCCACCAUAGACGGCCGCAUCCACAUCUUCGACCUGGAUAUCGACAAGUACCGUCCUAUCUGCUGCCAGGCCGUCAUCGACAUGAAGAAAACGCGCAUGACGCGGGUCUCGUUCAGUCUGGCACACCCAAUCGUCCUGGUCGGAGACGAACGUGGGAACGUCACCUCGCUCAAACUAUCACCUAACCUGCGCAAAAAGCCCAAGGAGGCCAAGAAUGCUGACGCCAAGCGGCUCUUCGAGAUAGAGCAGGAGAAGAUUGAGAAGCUGCUAAGCAUAGUCAGAGAGCCAGCCGCGUAACAGGGAAGUCCUUAGGUGGUGUCGUACGGCGGAUGUUUAGCGGUGCCGCUUGUGAACAAUUUUCAUAGGGAAAUAAUUUUGUUUGGAAGGGCAGGCCAGCUCCUUGGCAAACCAGCGGUGAUGUUGUUCUGCACAUACGUUGGGCAUUCCAUGCGCUUACAUCAGUGAGUAUGGAGAGCGAAGUUGGCUGGGCUUACCCAUGUGGAACCUUGUUUCAAAUGACAGUGAAGCGUCAACCAGCGUCAUUUAUGCGGAUUUGGUUAGCUCGUUCUUUUUAGUAGUCUGGGAGAGACACUAGCCAUGUUUAAUUUUAACCUUAGUGUUUUGAGGUUGAACGUGCCUCAAAAUGUCACAAUGCAUAUUUUUACAGCACAUGAUUGUAUAUUGGAGAUUACUCGAAAGUGCUAUUUUCGGCUUCAAAAGUUAUACUAUCGCCAGAUGAAGGUAAAGACUACAGCGCCGUAAACCGACGAGUGAUGUGGCUUACAUCACGUCCAAAUUGUCAAACACCCUCGGGCCAUUGAACCAGUGAUUGAGUGGAAAUGCUACUGACCCCUCGCUG